GGGACUUGAUGAGAAUCAAAUGAUUAGUCAGACAUCGAUCAAGUGCUUUAAGUAGCGUUGAAGAGAUCGCAUGAUACUACAACACAAGACCGCAACGUCAUUCGUAGUUUAAGCGACUUUUCUUCCCCUAUGAGUCGGGACAGGACAUGACUUGAUGUUAUCUGAAGAACAAGCCUGAUCGGAACAUUUGCAACGCAUCGAUUCGGAGUGUUUCAAAGUUGUCAUUGAAUGUCCUUUUUCCUGCGGUGUUUCUGAGCGGCUGCUGAGGAGGAUGAUGAUGAUGAUGAUGAUGAUGGAGGAGGAGGAAGGAAAUGCACAUCAGCCAAUUUUACCUUUCAAACACAGUGCAGUCCCAUGAGGGAAUAUUUUUAACACGAAUAUCUUUAAUUGCACGAGUAAGGAGAGUCGCAGACUUGACAGUCUGAAGUGUGCACACCUGCCUAAAUUAAUAUUUCCGUUUAAUUCAAAUGGGCUCCAUUGACGUGAUGAUAAAAGCAUUUGAAAGGACUGCAAAGAGAGAGACUUGAACAGAAGGGGACAAAUGUUAAAGGAAGAGGAAAUUAAAGAUAAACGAACAUAUAAAGAUUUCAACUGCGUUUAUUUCCUGGUUUAUUGUGCCUAGACAAUCUUACCUGGACAGGGUGUGCUGCUCGGUUGAAGUGCUUUAGCAUGCAUAGCAAAAGCCAGGAAGUAGGAAACCAAAGAGCCUGUCUGAUUUCUGAGCAUUUGCAAAAUGAUGCACAAAUUAUCUAGUAAGCCAGAUGCAGUCUUAAUUUAAGAGGCACCUGCAGUCUUUUUUUUUAGAUAUUAUUGUAUUAUUAGUUAAAUAUAGUGUAUUAGAGGGGCUGAUUCCUCUUUAGGACAACCUUUAUGGAGCUCAAGAUGUUCAUCGUGGUCUUGGUGCUCUUGGUUGGCACCCUGAUGCCCCUUGGAGCGACCGCCAGCUCUCCGGAGAUUGGCACCGGCCACGGGAGAUCCCAGAUUGACCAAGGUCAUGGACAUUCGGGUCACGGAGGCACGGCCACUAACCACACCAAGAAGCCUUUCCCGGUUCUGUCUUUUGAUUAUGAACACGUGCGUUUCCCCUUUGAGAUAUCGUUAUGGGUGCUGCUGGCUUUCUUGAUGAAAUUGGGGUUCCACUUGAUUCCACAAAUGCCCGGUAUUGUGCCGGAGAGCUGUCUGCUCAUCGUGGUGGGUCUGUUGAUCGGCGGUCUUAUGAAGUUAGUGGGUGAUGUUUCGAUUGUGCUGGAAUCCGAGAUCUUUUUCUUCUAUCUGUUGCCGCCCAUCAUCCUGGACGCCGGCUACUUCCUGCCCAUACGGGCCUUCACGGAGAACCUGGGCACCAUCCUCAUGUUCGCAGUGGUGGGAACGCUGUGGAAUACCUUUUUCAUUGGUGGUUUUCUGUACGGGGUGUGCCAGCUCGAAGGCGUUCACCUGGCGCAAGUGGACCUCCUGUCCUGCCUGCUGUUCGGGUCCAUCGUCUCGGCUGUCGAUCCGGUGGCCGUUCUGGCCGUGUUUGAAGAGAUCCACAUCAAUGAAUUGCUCCACAUUCUGGUGUUUGGAGAGUCACUGCUCAAUGAUGCCGUCACUGUGGUUCUCUAUCAUCUGUUUGAGGAGUUCAGUAGUGAGGGUACCAUCACUGUCAUUGAUGCAUUACUGGGUGUCGUGUGCUUUCUGGUCGUGGCGUUGGGUGGUAUUGUGGUGGGCGCCAUCUACGGCAUCCUGGCGGCCUUCACGUCACGGUUCACCUCGCACACUCGCGUCAUCGAGCCUCUGUUUGUCUUCGUCUACAGCUACAUGGCGUACCUUUCCGCAGAGGUGUUCCACCUGUCCGGUAUCAUGGCUCUGAUCGCCUGUGGUGCCGUCAUGCGUCCGUAUGUGGAGGCCAACAUCUCCCACAAGUCCCACACCACCAUCAAGUACUUCUUGAAAAUGUGGAGCAGUGUGAGCGACACGCUCAUCUUCAUAUUCCUGGGCAUGUCGACGGUGGCCGGGGAUCAUGAAUGGAACUGGACCUUUGUCAUCAUGACCGUCAUUCUCUGCUUGGUUGCCCGUGUUCUGGGUGUCAUCGGCUUGACCUUCAUCAUCAACAAGUUCCGUAUCGUGAACCUGACCACUAAGGAUCAGUUUAUCAUAGCAUACGGGGGUUUGAGAGGAGCGAUCGCUUUCUCGCUGUGCUACCUCCUCGACCCUGGUCUCUUUCCCAGGAAAAACAUGUUCCUCACUGCCAUCAUCACCGUCAUCUUCUUCACUGUGUUUGUGCAGGGUAUGACCAUCCGACCUUUGGUUGACCUCCUGGCUGUCAAGAAGAAACAGGAAACGAAGCGAUCUAUUAAUGAAGAGAUUCAUACGCAGUUUUUGGACCACCUGCUAACAGGCAUCGAGGACGUAUGUGGACAUUAUGGACAAAAUCACUGGAAGGACAAGCUGAACCGCUUCAAUAAGAAGUACGUGAAGAAGUGUCUGAUAGCAGGCGAGCGCUCCAAAGAACCACAGCUGAUUGCCUUCUACCAUAAGAUGGAGAUGAAGCAGGCUAUCGAGCUGGUGGAGAGUGGUGGGGGUGCUAAACUUCCCUCUGCCCUGCCAUCCACAGUCUCCAUGCAAAACAUCCAGCCCAAAAAGCCUCCUCAUGAGCGAGCUCUGCCUCAACUCACUAAAUCUCGUGAGGAGGAGAUCCGGAAGAUCCUGCGCACAAACCUGCAGAGAACACGCCAGAGACUGCGCUCUUAUAACAGACACACUCUGGUGGCGGAUCCGUUUGAGGACGGCUGGAACGAGAUCCUCAUCAAACGCAAGAGGAUGAUGGAGCUGGAGAAGAAGAUAUCACAGAUGAACAAUUACCUCACUGUUCCGGCUCCGCCCCCUGAUUCACCAACCAUGGCACGAGCACGACUCUCUUCUGACCCUCAAGCGUGGGGCAUCAAGCCCGUCAAGGAGAGCAUCCCCACGAUUAAGGUUGAUCUCGCCUCACCUCAGAGCCCAGAGUCCCUCAACAUGGUGGAUGAACUGAGCAAGAAGAGUAGCAUGCAGAAGGACGGCAGGGAAGAGGGCGGUCUGAUGAUGAAACCACCCCAUCCUGCGGAGCGAAAAGACAAGACGGGUGAAGAGGACGAUGCUAAAGAGCCACAACGCCUCAUGCGCUGUCUGAGCGACCCGGGCCCCAGCGCCGAAGAUGAAGAAGAGGAUGAGCCCUUCCUCCCAUGAGAAAGCGAACGAACGAUUGAACCACAUCUGUCUCCUUGAGGACAGAGGAGACGGUACGGUGUUUGCGUUUCUCUGGAGGAUUAGUAAACUGCUGUAAAAUGGUGGACAGAUUGAUUCAGCAGGAUGCCAAAAAUGAGAAAAUCAGGAAAACAGAACGGAAGAGGAGAGAUCAGAAAAGCAAUUUUUUUUACAUUGUUAUUAUCCUUUUCUUUUUCAUGGAAUUGUUUCCCUAAAAGUCAAAAUUCUGUCAUUAUUUACUCACCCUCCUGUCAUUUCAAACAAGUAUGCUGUUUUUUUUAUAUACUUUUUGAAGAAUAUUUGUGUAACUUCCAUACAACAACAGUUUGUAGUUACCACAUCUGUCAAAAGUAGCAUAAAACUCCAGAUAACAUGUACGUCGCAUAUGGCUACGAUGCAUUAGAAAAACUGCAAAAGCACUUUAAAAGUACCAUAAAUUUCCAUACAACUUGUGAGUAAAAUUUAAGUCUUUUUACAAAGUCUUACGAUAGUUUUGUUCAAAGAACACCCCAAAAUGAAGUCGUUAUUCAGAGAUUUUUACGCGUUAGUCGCUUAUAUUUCAACUCGUAUGUCGUGUUCCGCUACGGCAUGCUAGAAAAAAAUGCGAAACCACUUUAGAAGUACCAUAAAUUUCCAUACAACGUGUGAGUAAUAUUCAAUUAUUUUUACGAAGACUUACAAUAGUUUUGUUCAAAGAACACACCAAAAUUAAGUCGUUAGUCAUUGAUUUUUAUGCGUUAGUCGCAUAUAUUUGAACUGGCUACGACACGUUACAAAAAACGUGAAACCACUUAAAAAGUACCAUACAUUUCCAUACAACAUGUGAGUAAUAUUUGAGUCUUUUUACGAAGUCUUACAAUAGUUUUGUUUGAGAAACAGACCGAAAAGUCGUUAUUCAGUGAUUUUCACGUAUUAGUCGCAUUUGGCUACUACGUGAACAAUACAAAUCCGCUAUAAAGGUUUCAUACAUUUCCCUACAAUAUGUGCACAAAAUUCAAUUUUUUUUUAUAAAGCGAUAGUUUUGUUUGAUGAUCAGACUGAAAUUUAGGUUGUUAUUCAGUGAUUUUCAUGCGUUAGUCGCGUAUAUUUGAACUCGUAUGUCGUAUUCCGCUAUGGCAUGCUAGAACAAAAUGCGAAACCACUUUAAAAGUAUCAUAAAUUUCCAUAUAACGUGUGAGUAAUAUUCAAUUCUUUUUACGAAGACUUACGAUAGUUUUGUUCGAAGAACACACCAAAAUUUAAGACAUUGUUCAUUGAUUUUCACGCGUUAGUCGCAUAUAUUUGAACUUGUACAUCGCAUUUGGCUACGACGCAUUAGAAAAAAUGCAAAAGCACUUUAAAAGUACCAUACAUUUCCAACACAGCGUGUGUGCAAUAUUUGAGUCUUUUUACGAAGACUUACGAUAGUUUUGACCAAACUCUAGGCAAUUAAUAACUCACCUGUCGCAUUUUACCACGAAAGACACACAAUUAAAAAAUUACGAAACCACUUUAAAAGUACCAUAACACUCAAAACAACGUGUGCGCCAUAUUCCGAGUCCACAUACGAAGCCUUGUGAUAGUUUAUUGUAAGGAGCCGAUCGAAGAUUUUCAGUGACAUCAGAAGAUUUUGAAUGUAGCGUUAAAGUCAUAUAAACUAAUUUUAUGUACUUUUAUUGGGUAUUUAUUUAUUUAUUUAUUUUUAUUUUUGGAGCUUGACUGAAUGCUGUUGUGUGGAAAAGAGAUGCGUUAAGUUUCUCUCUAAAAAACGAUCCUGUUAUGUUUCACAUACAAAAAUAACGGCAUUCAGGUUCGCAGUGACAUGAGGGUGAGUAAAUAAUGACUGAAUUUAGAUUUUGGGGUGAACUAUUACUUUAAAGCUAAAGCGGUGUCCUAACCAGCUGCAACUGGGUAGCCCACUGCUCUGCCCGCUAUUGGUAUAUUAAACAUCAAAAUUGUGUCAUGUUGCAUUUUCACAUUUAGUGUGGACGGACUUGUUGCAUCACAGCUGGUUAGGACACCGUGAAAGUAAACAUCGCCGCCCCUGCAUUUACUGUUGAAUAAAUAAAAUCAAAAAUGAGGGGCACCGAUCUAUGCAUUACCAAAGGACAACACUGUUUAAAGGACAAUAUUCAGGUUUAUUGCUUUUUUUGUUCUCCUUUUUCCUUUUAAAGCAUUGAUGCCUUUUUAUUCCGUUUGUGCACACGAAUUGCCUUUUUUGUUUUCAAGAUGAUGCAUGCAGGUGUCACUAGUCAUUGUUUACCUCUAGGGGUUUACAGUAGUUUAUCAGGAGCAAUAUGAAACCGGUCACAUUAUGGCCUUUCCUUUAUUUAUCAGUCAGAUGGUGCGUAUUUACACUGGCUUAUUAUUCUGUUGACGCUACCUGAAUGUGUCUGGUUUUCUCACGUUAUUAUGACAUCAUCAGACCACUCUGAGGAAAACUCCAUAUUCAUUGUGACCUCACAAAAGGAUCAAACAAAUAGACUAAAUGUAUUCUGAAUUCCAAAACAUUCACACCAAAAUAUAGUUAAUUUUAGCUGCUAAGUUGAUUCCAGACUGAAUGAACAAGUUAAACUGUUGUGACUGUGUUUGCUUGUACUUUAUGAAAUGAUAUCGAAGAUAUUCCCUUUAAAUGCACUCAAGCGCUUUCAAGUGAUCGUAAUGACCGCUUCGAAAAAGAUCUGCACCAUCGUAUCUGCAAACCUCGAUAUAAAGGUAUAAUUCUGUCAUUAUUUACUACUUAUUUUUUUCUCCGGAACACAAAAGAAAAGUAAUCUAUUUUCAAUACAAGCUCUUUAAUUGCCAACGAAACAUCAUAAACGUAUCAUAAAAGUAGUCCGUAUGACACCUACGUUAUACUGUGUAUCAACUCUUAGCUUUGGGUUAGAAACAGACCCAAAUUUUAGUCUUUAUUCACUGAAAAUCUUUCUACUGGCGCUCUUGUCAUCUUAAAUUCGGUUCUGUUUUUAUUCAAAGCUAUCGUUUUAUUUUUGGAAGACUUGGAAAAAUGACACGCGUGUGCGUGAAUAACAACAAUUGAACUAUUCCGAGCAUUUCGACUCUUUCACAAAACCAGUUAGCUCCGUAGCCAUACAUGUUAAUAUAUUUCUAUCGGGAAGACACGCAGGCUUGAGUGAAGUUUAAGAUGCCAUUUAUUUGAUAAAUGUAAAACAGGAAGUAAUGUCUGUCUCUUUGGCGUAGGCCCCGUCCGGCGGUCAGAGGGAGUUGUACCCGGAACCGUCAUGUCCUGCCGGAGAUAGGAGGCGGGGGCGAGGAGCCUACAUUGAACAGGGCUCAACAUGUGGUGGUGGGGUGGAGGAGGUUGCCUGUGUUAGCACACUGAAACAGCAAUGUGAUAGAUUGUGAGCAGACUUAUAAAGCAAUGGCUUGCAUGCGAUUGGCUAGGAAUUACCCAGCUAAUGAUGUGAUGAUGUACAGCUGCUAGUCUUCCCGCUAGAACUACUCUGCGCUUCCAUUUAUUUUUUUAUCGCAAGCAUGACCCCUAAAUAGAUUGAUUGUAUUCUGGACUAUGCAGAGUCGCUGGGGUUAAAGAAGAGGUCUUAUUACACCCGUACAUUGAAUUAUUCCCUUUAAAACUUUUGCACCAUGCACCAACACAAUCCUUUGAUACUCCACCGAUACGAGAGGACAUUUGCGCAAGUUCAAGACGUUGUCCUGCUCUGUCAGAUCACUGCCUAUUUUAAAAACGAAUCAAAGAAAAUACUAGAUUGCAUGCACAGAGUAGAUUAGACUUAUUUUAAUGUGAGAAAACUCUAUAUCUGUAUAUUUUACGUGAGCUCUAUUGAUGUCUAUAGUCUGCUUUGAAGUAUUACAAUGCUAACGACAAAUUAUUUUCCCACUUAAAAACUUUCUGUGCUAGUUUUGGAAUUGUCGAGCGCUUCAUAUGCCUUCGAAACGAGAGGACAUCCUCUUAUUUGGCCUUUUUGGUUGACUCACUUAGUGCACAAAGCGUACUUUUCUUAAUCAGUGUUUUUGUCUUGUUUACCAUCUAAACAUCGUUAAAAACAAGACUACGUAUACGGAAGACGCUUUUAUCCAAAGCGACUUACAAAGUGCACGUUUGAUCAUUAUGUGUGUGUUCUCGAGGGGAUCGAACCCGUGACCUUCAUUUAUUUGUGUACUAUAACAAGACUUUGUUUCAUUAAAUAUGUUUGAUAAGGUUUUAAGGAUUAAACGCACUCAAUUUUGUCUGAUUGAUGCUGAAAACAGGGGAACAAUUUACCAGCAAUUUCAAAGUAUGUUCUUGGACAGGUCUUGAUGUGUCUUAUUUUGCUUCUUAAGUACAUUUGUCGUUUUAAGGUUGUUUUGAUAGUUUUACAGACAGAUAUACUGAUUAAAGGACAAUUCGGCAUUCAGUGCAAGUUAAGCUUAAGCAACAGCGUCGAUUAAUGUUGUUUGCCACAAAAAAUUAAUUUCGACUCGUCCCUCAUUUAUUAAAAGUUUAUUACGGUGAGGCUUUUACAAUGGAAGUGAAUGGGGCCAGUCUAUAAACACUGAAAUACUCACCGUUUUAAACGUAUAGCCACAAGACAUAAACAUUAUACAUGUUAACAUGAUUUUAGCAUGAUGAAAUCACGUACUAAUCAUUUCUGCGUAAAGUUAAUCCAAUAUAACAACUUGACCGAUUGGCCCUCCAUUGACUUCCAUUGUAAGUGUCUCGCUGUAAUCGUGAUUUCUGCUGCGGCGUUUUAAAUAAACGAAAGGCGAGUUAAAAAUAUUCUUUGUGGGAAUCAACAUCAUGUCACAAACGUUGACGGUUGAGCUUAACUUGGUAUUGAACCCGGAAUUUUCCUUUUAAGAUAACGUUUUUCCCGUUUUUCGUUCGUGACCUUUGGCCUUCUGUAAAGUGCGCUGGUGAACGUCUACACUGAAACGGUCAACGUUUGUUUUGUGUGUUUGGUGGGAGCGGUAAGUGCUUGUGUUACUGUUCACAAGAUUGUAUUUCAAUUGAAGUUUCAGUUGAGGAGGAAGUACAUGAGAUUGUUUACGUCACAUCUGCCCUCGUUUUUACUUGACGGUUAUUAUGCGAUGAAAGCGUAACGGAGAACGGCGUUACCGGGCAAGUCGCCAAGGACAAUUUUGAGUCACUCCAGACAUAGUUUACAGUGAAGUGCGGAGCGGAUAUUUGUGUGGAGGGGGGAGGGGGUUGAAUACUAUCAGUAUGAUACAGAUAACCAAAAAAAAUAAAAUAUUUUUUUUUUAUACAUAUGGCAACUCUGUACAUUUUUUUUUGUCUCUUAACCUAAAUAAAACAUACAGUUUUAAUUUAAUUGUCCUUGAAAUUAAGCUGCAUACCAAUAUUACUUUUUUUUUUAUACAUAUAUAUAUAUAUAUAUAUGAAGGAGAAAACGUUUGGAAAAUACGUAUGUACCCAUUUUUACGGCAUUUCAAAUUCAUUUAAACCUCAUUUGCCCUUAAAAUGAAGCUGAAUACCAGUGAUCGGGCUCAGACUGAAUGUGCACUGAUUUUUCUUUUUCCCACUAAAUCGGAGCGGGAACCAUUCAGUGGAACGGAUUUGGAUGUGGUACAAAGUGUUCAGCAGAGCUGACACUGCUAUACUCUUUACUGUUGUCUAAAAGCAUUACCCAAUGACACAAUAUUUAAAAAAAACAAACAUUAAAGGGGCAGGGA